ACAAAAUGUGUUGUGUUGAUGCAGCAUUCCUUCUUCUGAUUUGUCAUCAAACCAUGUGUAUUUGACUAAAAGGAUGGUUCCUAGAACUCUCACGGAAAACAAGUGAAUUGUUGAUCAUGAGUUGCAAAUCCAACCCCUUUUAUUUAUUUAUUUAUUCUAUCAUUUGCAAUAACAUUGUCAUUCUGAAAUCUGAAGUUAGGCUGAAAGGGGAGGUGUCCCAACCCAACUUCCAUUGUCAUUCUGAAGGGUCCACUGGUUAGAUGUAAAUAUCAAAGCCUUUCAUGGUAGAAAUAGAUCAAGUCAACAGUCAACACAACACACAUCACGGACAGAGACCUCCAUCUCCUCCACCCCCCGGCGCAUGUAGGGGAUUGGAAAGCACUAAACAGCCCUAGCACUUCGCACAUGUGCGAGGUGUCCUAAUUCAGUGAACCCACCAUAGUCCACAAUCCACAAGCCCCUGACACCCCUCCCCCCCAACCCCUCAGAAAACACAACUUCCCAUAUAAACACCCCCUUCUCUCCUCCCUUUCUUUGUCCUAACAACACCACCAAUUGGAUAACAUGGCUCACCACACCACACACAGGCGCAUCUUAGCAGCACCAGAACCUAGCCCAUCGUCCUAUUCCAUAGAUCCCACCCUCAAAAAGUUGCCUAUACCUACCGUAAGCAGCAGCAACGCCACCAAAACCAGCCAUCCAACAACCCAAAACUCAGAUCCAUUAGUGCCUAUCAAGAAGCCCUUUUUCAUGACCAAUCACUUCUCGAGAUUGAACCUUAAUCACAAAAUCCGCACACCCAAAAAACCUACCAACAACCAACAUAGCCAUCCUCCACCUAGUAGAGACAUUCAUUUACAAGCCAAAGCCAUGACAGUUUCAGCUGAUGCUGAUUCCUCCAGGUUUUCACUUAUCAAAGCAAACUACCUACCCCAUAAAACAGCUAAAGAAUCAUUGAAAGAGAAGGUCAGGAAAGAAUCAAAGGAUUUGGAUAAAAACACAGAAAAACAUCAUCAAAGAUCAGUGUUUGAUAGCAAGAAAACAGCUGUGACAGUGAAAGAGAAAGAGGUGAAGAAUCUGCAAGAAGGACUUCAUGAUAUGAAGAAGGCUUCAGCUUCAUUAGGCAGAAGGAGAUCCUUAUGUGGUUCACAAGUAGAGUUGGCUGAUAUUCUUGCAAAUUGUGGUGUCAAAAUUGUUUCAGUUGAUAUGCCACCGUUUAUGCAGAUCCAUGCUGUUGAUUGUGCAAGAAAGACUCAUGAUAGCCUUGAAAAGUUCACUUCCAAGACCCUUGCACUCACUCUCAAGAAGGAGUUUGAUGGUGUCUAUGGACCAGCAUGGCAUUGUAUUGUGGGGACGAGUUUUGGGUCAUUUGUAACACAUUCAGUUGGUGGGUUUCUAUAUUUCUCAAUGGAUCAAAAGUUGUAUGUCCUCUUGUUUAAGACAACCGUGCAAAGGGCUGAUUGAAGUGGGGUGACAUAGAACAAUCUGGAAGUUAAAGCAUAUCUAGUAUAGAAAACCUUUUUGAAGCUUAAAGCAAUGUUGUCUCAUUCGUAGCUUGUACAUUGCGUUUGAUAAGAAGAAAAGGGUAGGACAUUUUGUUUAAUUUAAAUUGUGGAAACGACCCUUUUUAAGUGGUCUAGCCUUUCAGACGUACUUCUUGUAAUGUAGUAUCUUGUUUUGGUUAGAAGUACAGAAUCCAUUACCAGCUCGCAUUCCAAUGUGCCAUCUUCAUUUUGUUUUCUAUGUUGUACUAAUUCUUUCUAACUUGUAAAUUUCUUAAACUUCCCAUUGUUUUCUGGUUGUAUUUGAGAUAUUGCCUCGAACUCUUGAUCAGUUCCUGGUUUUGCUAAUUUGGUCUUGCAUUUUGGUUUAAACAACCCAAAGCUAUGCAAUCCAGGAAAUGAAAUUACAUGAAUAGAGAAUAGAAGCUGCUUUCAUUUCAGCACUCUAGCAUUGAUAGAAACGUGGCAUACUGUGGUUGGUCCCCGCACUAGUAGGAGUCUCUCAAACUAGAGAGGAGCAAGACUGUCGGGUUCAUUGUUUCAGAUUUUUACUUCUGACGCUCAGCAUACGGUCAUGUCCUGCAAUUCAGCAUUUAAUUUCUUGACAAUGAUUGUCCCAGCAGAGGGCCAUAGCCGAUGGAGUCAAUUCUACGCAUGUUCUUAUUUUUAACUUUCAAGCUUAAGUCCGCAAAACAUGUAAGAUUGAUGUCCCUCCCACUUUAUUUUGAUGCAAAGCUUAGCAACAUUGUCGGUGGUCUUCCAAAAGAAAUGUAAUGUGCCUGUAAAUGGCAAGCCAAACAUCUAGAAAAAGCUCUAGCAUAAAAUUCUUUUGCCUGAAUUCAUAUUUCACAUUGGGGUUAAGACUUGGUUAAGCUGCUAAUGCUUUAUUCUGUUGUUUCACAUUUCAAAGCCAAUUUCAGCAUUUUAUAGUAUGAAUGCAUUGAAUUAAUUG